AUGCUUGGAGAAGAGUCACAGCCAGCUAGAAUUUGGGAAGACAUUGGCAAUGAGUGUCUGCGGCGUGGAGUCAAGCAAAUUGUCAUGAUGGGUGCGCACUGGGACUCUCCCUACGACACAGUCAGAGUAAGCAUGAACCCUGACGCGAAGAAAGAUCCCGUGGGCAGCGUCACAGAAGCUCGAUACAUGCCAUACAAAAUGGUAGCAGAUCUUGAAGGAGGACAACGUGUCAUCGACAUGCUACGAGCAGCUGGCAUCAAUGCCCAAGCUGACCCCAAGUUCGAAUGGGUCCAUGAUACCUUCCUGAUCGUCAUCCGCAUGUUUCCUCAUUGCAUCCCGCUGCCUACAACCAUCGUCUCGAUGAACGCACGAUAUGACCCGCACCUACACACAAAGAUCGGAGCUGCUCUGCGGCCAUUACGGUACGAGGAUACACUUAUAAUAGGCAGUGGUGGAUCAGUACACAAUUUGUAUCGGAACCAUUGGUAUCAGAUGCUUACGUAUCGAGACAACUUUGCACAGCCUGUUCCACCUGGAGAUUUUGCUCUUGAGUUCAGGCAGGCGUUGGAAGAUGCUGUUACGCAGAACACGGGGCCUGACUUACGAAGAGCUGUUACUCGAUUGAUGAAACAUCCGCGGUAUAAGGAGGCUCAUGGGACGGAUGAUCAUUACAUGGCUACUUUGUUUGCUGCUGGUGCGGCUGGUCAUCACGAGGAUCGGGGUCCGAAUAAGUUUCUGGCAGAGUGCUGGGAGCUUGUGAAUAUGUGUAAUAGUCAGUAUCAGCUUGGCGACUGGGGCGAGUCUAUGUAG